AUGUUAUUCAUAAAACUUAAAAGAAUCAUCAAUAACUUCAGCAUAAUCAUAAAUAUGGCAGGCGAGAUUAAGUUUCUAUCGAAGCUCAUGAUUUUAAUCCUAUUUUGGAAUGCUUCAGCUGACGAAAAUACGAUGAUGAACUGUACAGCUUAUACUUGCAAGCAGAAAGGUCAGUCUUUCACUAGUGGGCUAGAUUAAACUAGGCUAUUUAAAGCCAGACGUUAGCUAUAUCGACGACGCAGUCACCAAAGACCUCACUGUGGCCUAAGCCGAAACUCCAGUUUCUCGGUAGAGAAUACCCAUGGGUUCUCAGAUCCUAAGGAAGUUGUUGGGCACCUCCAUUUCCAACCACAGGAAAGCAGCCAAAGCCUAACCGGACACACAUUACCUGAAUCUAAACUUGAUUCUCGGCUCGAAGUUUGUCUCAUUCGCUGUAGCCAUAAGGUCUGGACUGUUGCACCAAAAAGGCAGGUUGACACGUGUCACCAAUUUAAUUUAAAUCUUUCAAUAUUGGGACUUGCGUAUAUUACAAUAGCAAGGCAAUCACCCCUACUUACUACGUUAAGCCUUGUUCAUCCUCAAAAGAGUACUGCCCAAUCGCAGUUGAAGCAAAUACCUCUUGCACCAAAAUCCCUGAUACUCCUAUAGAGAUAACUGGUUUAUACCCUGGCGAAAAAUGCACAAAAGAUACCGAAUGCAGGACUCCUAGUAUUGAAUCAGGGAAAACCGGCUGCGUCGACAAUAUUUGCACUGGCCAAGGUGAAACUGAAGGUUGCGAGUCAAAUCCUGACUGCAAGCCUGGACUUUACUGCUUAUCUGGCACAUGCCAAAAGCAAAUCGCUAUUGGAAGUUAUGGGUGCGAAAAUGAUAUACAUGCGCAUUACUAAAUUAAAAUUGCCUUUAUUGGGCCUCUAGAUGCACAGCGCUAUAAGGGGUCUUUUUUGUGCGGCUUGACGUUACAAUGCACUCAUGUAAGGCUUUGCUGUGCAGCUCCCCACUUUAAUCCUUAUGAAGCCAUUUGGGAAUAUAGAAGUGCGGGAAGCACUAGCAGUCUGAUGCGUUGCCUUACUCUAUACGGCUUUCCUCUAGCUCCUUUAUGGUCUAAAGUAACAGUUAAAAAUUAUUAUGGUCAUUCCAUUAGGGUAAACCCACUAGUCGUCUCACAUUUUAAAAAGUUGCCCUUUUAAAUUUCAGGAUCGAAUCACCUAUUCAAGGAUUAGCUCCCUAGGGUAGAAACACCGCUUGGUGGGGGAAAACCAUGUGAUAGGCAAAAUCUGCCAGUCCAUCUGGCAGUGACUUGAAACCAUUGGGUGGCAAACAAAGCUUUUCUCUUCGGCAAGCAUUCCUAAGCUGAAAAAAGGAACCCAAAGACCUAUUUCAAAAAAACAGAGGCCUGGCUUUUAACUUUAUCAGGAUAAGCCCUGCCUUCUCAAUAGAUCAGUGCACUCUGGAGUCAAAAUCCAGUCAACGUCACCAUUUUAUUUCUCUUUUGUUCUAAGGAUCUGCCUUUUAUCAACAGCGAAAAGAGGAGAACACGAUACAUAAAGGAGAGAAGAACAAUCCUCGCUAUUCUUCACCUUGCGAGAAAUCCAAAUGAAGCUUAACCCUAAAAUAAUAAGGGAUUCACAGAGUGAACUACCUUCCAGUCAAUCCAAUUUUAUUUUCAUUCGAAAAUGACUUUCAAUGUGCCAAUGGAGCUGGCUGCAAUAUCACGAAUGAGGUAGAGAAAAACAAAUGUGUUGCUUAUAGGUCCAUCGCUGCUCAUCAGCCUGUAGGAGAAUGCGCAGCUGACGGAACUAAUGCCCUCUGCGCUUCUAAAUACUGUCAAGUAACAGGCCAGUAUCAGCCCACUGAGGGAGAAUACCAAAACACUUAUGCCUGCUUAGCCACUGUUAUAUCUAACAGCUAUUUACCUAUGAAAUGCAGCUAUGACGUCGACUGUAGGUCAGUAAGUGAUGACUUUUUCACUGACGGUCAAGUAUUUGGUACUUGUGUGUGCGGACAUAAUAAAGACGCUCAAAGUUACUGCACCUUGUUCCCUGGGGAUCCGAUUGCUGAGGUGGCUUUUGGGUAUUUUCAGAAAUGGCUGAACGGGACUGAUAUAAAUUACUGCAACACAGAACACAGGUUUAACUCUUACUGCAUGAGCAACUGGUGGUCGAAGAAGAAUUAUGAGAAAUAUAUGUUUGCCGCUGUGUUUGCCGAUAGCUAUCCAGUUGUGGUGGAUGAAGAUGACUGUGUGGCCGAAGUUUAUGAUAGUGUUUUAUAUGAGCUGAGUAAGGAGUUGGAUAGUUCAGCGAUGAACUACGUUUUAUUAGCACCUGUGCUCGUUCUAGUAAUGAACUAA